AAGCAGCAGUAUAAGGUCGGAACUGCAGCUGAUGUCCUCGUCUAUCGCACGGUUUAUCGGAAUGGCAGCUCGCGUACCUGGGCUUUCCUCGCGCGGCCUGACGCGCCGCUACCAGGGAGCAUGGAUGACUGGCGUCGCGCCCGUGGUGCGCAACGCGCGGCCCCUGACGUCGCUUUCUGCCGUGCUGGGCGGUGGCGGUGGAUCUGGUGGCGGCAAUGGGCGCGGCGGCAACAGCGGUGGCCGCGGCGGCCCUGAGCAGGGCCCUUCCGGUGGCAGCGGCUGGGGCCGCACGGCGGCGUUCGCGCUGGCCGGGGGCAUGCUGUUUACGGCUGAGGCUAGCUGGGCCGCCAAGAAGACGGAGCCGGCGAAGGCGGCGUCGCCCGCCAAGGAUGAAAUGACGGUGGACAAGGUGACGGAUAUGCUGUGGAACCUGGCCGGGCCCAUCCUGACCAACCUGGGCUUCUCAGGCUGUGUGGGCGCCGCUGCCGGUAUCGCCCUCAAGAAAGUGGGCCAGUUCAUGGCCGUGUGCGUCGGCCUGUUGUUCCUUAUGGUGCAAGGCCUCGCUUACACUGGCUUCAUCACCGUUAACUGGACGCACGUGCACAGCACUGUGUCCAACGUGCUCGACGUCAACAAGGAUGGGAAGCUGGAUGCUAACGAUUUCAAGCACAUCGUCAACAACGGCCUGGGCGUGCUGUCGCAGGGCGUGCCGUCCGUCGGCGGUUUCCUCGGUGGCUUCCUGCUCGCCAUCAAGCAGUUUUGAGGGCAGGGAAGCGAUCGAGUUGGCAGCUUGUGAUCGAUGAACAGCAGGUGUUCAGACUGAGUGCUCGUAUGUGGCAAUGUUGUAGGAUGUAUCAUGCCUUAAACUGGCGCACUGGCUGCGGCUAUGCAGAGAUGGAGUGGUGGCAGCGGGCGAGGGGUGGGUGGAGGCGCGCGUGUUGUUCGUUGGUUUGUGCCUUCACGGCACCUGGCCAUGUUGGCAGCUUUGCUUGAUGCGUAUUCAUUCUUUACGGUACAUGAAGUGCAUGUAAGCUCUUUAGCGA